UAGUUUAAAAAAUGAUUUAAAACCCCUAUUAAGAUAACAAAUAAAGCCUUAAUAAAAAAUAUAUAUUUUUUUUAAAAAAAACCCAAUUAAGUUAACAACUAAAGCCUUAAUAUAAUAAAAUAAAAUAAAAUAAAAACUGACAUAAACCAGAUGGAUACCCCUUUUAUUGAGAGACAUUAAAAAAGACCAAAGCACAAAAAACAAGCCCCUUAAACUACUCCCUUGGGAAAUGAAAGAAAGAGGAGUUAUUAUCUGUUCUUCUUGUUCAACUCCUUUUGUCCAUAGAGAUGUUUGCCAAAGAUGGUGAGAGAGAGUUAGAAGAAGAAGCCUAGUCAAGAAGUUCCAUAGUUUGAAUCUUAUUGUUAUUCCCAUGAAUCAUCAAAGAAUUAGUAUAGUGAUCAUUUUUCAGCUCAUUUUGUUUAACUUUGAUCAUGUCAAAGCACAAGGUCUGGGGCCUGAUUUUGCUGGCCCAGAUGACACAGAUUUCCAACCAAGUCUAGCUGUUGUUAUAGGAAUUCUAAGUGUCAUGUUUGUGCUAACAUUUUUCCUCCUUGCAUAUGCAAAAUUCUGUCACAGAAGAGAGUCUGCUGUUCUUCUUGUAAACCGAAAUCCGAACCAAAUAGGCACAAGCAACAGGUUUUCUGGUAUAGACAAGACUGUGAUUGAGUCACUUCCUUUCUUCAGAUUCUCCUCUCUAAAGGGUUCAAAAGAAGGCCUCGAAUGCUCGGUUUGUCUAUCGAAAUUCGAAGAUAUAGAAGUUCUUAGGCUUUUGCCUAAGUGUAAACAUGCUUUUCAUAUUAGUUGUAUUGAUUAUUGGCUUGAGAAGCAUUCUAGUUGCCCUCUUUGCAGGCAGAAAGUUAGCUCUGAAGAUCUUGAACUCAUCACUUACUCUUCAAGUAUGAGAUUUUUAUGGAACAACAACAAUUAUAAUAACAGUACUAACCAAUCAAAUCAUCAUCAUCUAGGUGGUGAAGAAGAGCCAACCAUGGAGCUCUUUGUUGAGAGAGAAGAAAGCCAAAGAGGGUCUUCAAGAUUCAGCAUUGGAAGCAGUUUUAGAAAGAUUGAAAAGGAUCAUCAUGAUGAGGAUGAUAAGGAAAAGCAAUUAUUGAUCCUCCAAACUCAUCAUGAUCAGAAUCAACAACAACAACAACAAGUGUUACACAAGCACAACCACAAGAUUGUCGUUUCUGAUUUCGUUUACAAGAACAGGUGGAGCAAUGUUAGUUCCUCUGACCUUAUAUUUCUCAACUCUGAAAUGCUAAACGACAUCUCAAGCACCAGAUUCCACCACGCCUCAAACUCAAACUCAAUAACAAUAACAACAGAGGAAAACGACGAGAUUACAAAGAUUAAAGAAGAGAUGGGGAUGAAAAGGUCGUUUCAGAACAAAGUUGGAACAAGUAUCAAUAACAUCAAUAAUAAUAAUAAUGUUAGCUCAAGUUCUGUGAUGAGUUGUGGAGAACAAAGAUCAGUCUCAGAAAUCACUGCACAUUCAAGAUAUGGAAUUUUGGGGUCAAACAGUAGACUCAGAAGAGAUUCUUCUUUGACUGAUCAGAACAAUGUUAAAGAGGAAAGAAUCAGAAGGGCUUGGCUCAGUAUUGCUAAAAGGACAGUCCAAUGGUUUGCAAACAGAGAAGAGAGGCCACAAAACCAAAAUCUACAUCCCUCAAAUGUAUAGAAAUCAUCCAAAAAAAACAUUAUUGCAUCUCAUUUUUUUUCUUUUCCUUUGAAGACAUGUUUGUGGAAUUAAAAUUUCUUGUAGAGUUUUUACUUUUA